AUGGUUCUAGGCAUGAGAGCGAAGAACAGGAGAGGUGUCACGGUUCAAAUUGAUUUCCUCAUUCACGUUCAGGAGAUUAAGCCCUGGCCCCCGUCACAAUCACUAAGAUCCCUGCGAUCCGUGUUGAUAGAAUGGAAGAAUGGUGAAUGUGCAUCAGGUUCUACCACUGUUGUUUCCCCUUCACUUGGUUCAGUUAUAGGUGAAGGAAGAAUCGAAUUUAAUGAGUCAUUUAGGCUACAUGUAACUUUGUUGAGGGAUAUGUCUGUAAGAAGCGGUGAUACUGAUGUGUUCCAAAAGAAUUGCUUGGAGUUCAAAUUGUAUGAGCCACGAAAAGAUAGGACUGUUAAGGGUCAGUUGUUGGGGACUGCAAUCAUAGACUUGGCAGAAUAUGGGACACUUCAAGAGUCCUUGAGCACUAGUGUUCCAAUGAACUGCAAAAGGAGUUACAGGAACACAGAACAGCCAUUUCUGUUCCUUAAAAUUCAGCCUGUUGAGAGGACUCGUGCUAGUGCCUCAAUGAAGGACAAUAAUGUUGGUGACUCAGUGUCAACACUCAUGAAUGACGAAUAUGCUGAGGAAGCUGAGAUUGCAUCUUUUACUGAUGAUGAUGUCUCCUCACAUUCAUCUGCAGCUGCAGCUUCUACUUCCCAUGAAUCCAGUGGGUUUACCCCACUAACAUUAGGAAAGUAUGAACCAAUUAGCAGCACUGGUGUGAAUGCCAUGGAACAUCCCUUGGCCUCGGAAGCAAGGCUUGAAAAAAUUAAUAUGGUGCAACAAGACACACACAACAAGCUUGAGAGGAGUUCUUAUAUGUCAUCAUUGGAUGUAUCUUCUGUUACGAGGAAUAUAGUAAAUGGUCAUGCUUCUAACUCUCCUAUUCGCAAUUCAUUGUCAAUUCAAAAGUUUUCCACUUCACCUAGUGCCAGUUCUUCUUCACCAUCUUUAGCUUUUGACAAUUUAGACAUAAAUCCUGGGAGCAACACAAGAAGCAGUGGCCAUGAAACUUUGGAUCAGAGUUUUCAAGAAAAGCUUGCUAACUACAGGAAUAUAGUUGCAGAUGUCCAUAGAAAUACCUACGGAAGUACAUUUGGCAUUUAUUCAAAACACACAUCAUCUUAUGAUUGCAAAUCGAAUCGGAUAUGUAUAGAAGCUGACAAAUAUUUUAUGAAGGAGAGUGGAGGUGACAAAACUCGCCAUGGUUCUGUUGAGGACUUAAGUGGAAAUGAAAAACAUAAUUUGGACAGACAAAACUGCAUAGAAGAUGAAAAAUUAGAAGCACAAGAUGCCAAAGAUGAAACCUUAAUGGAUAGCAACACACAUUCUUUUGGAGGGUCAAAUAUUGGUGUGCAGGAAAAGAAUUUCAAAAAUGAAAGACUAAAGAACUUGAAGUCUGUGAGGUUACCAGCAGACUCAACCCGGAAUACUGGAUCGCUUGUUAGCAAUCAUCAUGCUGAAUUAAAUGAAAAUGGCAUUAUUAGAGAUGCACAAAACAAUGGAGGGAACAGAAGCAAUGACAGAAGAGAUGUUAAGAUUCAUAUAAAGGAAGCAAGAAAUGGUACUUUAGAAGGAAAAGUUGAGCAGUUGGAGAAGAAGAUAAAGAUGCUUGAAGGAGAGUUGAGAGAAGCUGCUGCAAUUGAGUCUGCUUUAUAUUCAGUAGUUGCUGAGCAUGGAAACUCCACCAGUAAAGUUCAUGCCCCAGCGCGGCGCCUUUCCAGGCUCUAUCUUCAUGCUUGUAAAGAAAAUAUUCAAGGAAGAAGGGCUGGGGCAGCUAAAAGUUCUGUUUCAGGAUUAGUACUUGUUACAAAGGCAUGUGGAAAUGAUGUCCCAAGGUUGACCUUUUGGCUGUCCAACACUAUAGUGUUGAGGACAAUUAUAAGCCGAACCAUCAAAGAUUCAUCAAAUUCUGCUGGAUCUGGUAGGAGAAGGAAAACUGAGGAGGAGGGAAAUGGCAAGAUAACAAGCUCACUAAGGGUGAAGGGAUUAUACCCCAGAAAAAAUGAAAACACAGCAUUAGAAUAUGAAGGUUUUGGUAAUUGGGAUGAUCCGCAGACUUUGAUUCCACAUAUGCAACACACAAAGUUGACCAACAAAGAAGUGGUUUCAGCCUCAAGAAAAAACUACAGAAGGACUUCUAGCUCAUGUGACCAAGAGCAGGGUAACUUGUCACUAUAUAUUUGGAAAAAUGCUUUUAGGGAAGCCUGUGAAAGGAUCUGUCCUAUUCGAGCUGGAGGACAUCAGUGUGGCUGUUUGCCUAUGCUUUCUAGAUUGGCUUUGGAAUUUGUGAUUAUAAUGGAGCAAUGUGUUGCGAGAUUAGAUGUGGCUAUGUUCAAUGCUAUUCUUCGCGAAUCUGCUGAUGAAAUUCCAACUGAUCCUGUAUCUGAUGCUAUUAGUGAUCCUAAGGUUCUCCCUAUUCCACCUGGGAAAACAAGCUUUGGAGCCGGUGCACAGCUAAAAACUGUGAUUGGGACCUGGUCAAGGUGGUUGACUGAUCUAUUUGGCAUGGAUGAUGAUGACUCAAUUGAAGAUAAAGCUGAAACUGAUAACAAGGAAGAAAGACAAAAUGCAUCCUUAAAGUCCUUCAGUCUUCUCAAUGCUCUAAGUGACCUCCUGAUGCUCCCUAAGGAUAUGCUGUUGAGUGCAUCCAUCAGGAAUGAGGUAUGCCCUAUGUUCAAUGCAACACUUAUCAAGAAGAUUCUACACAAGUUUGUCCCAGAUGAGCUUUGCCCCGACCCUGUUCCCUCUAAUGUCUUUGAGGCUCUGGACUCAGAGAAUGACAUGGAAGAUGGAAACGAGUGUGUCAACAACUUUCCAUGCAUUGCAGCUACCGUUGCCUAUUCACCUCCAUUGGCUACUUCCAUUGCAAGCAUUGUUGGGGAGAUGGGAAGCAAAUCUCAUCUAAGAAGAAACAGUUCAUCUAUUGUAAGGAAGUCACACACCAGUGAUGAUGAGCUGGAUGAACUGAAGUUCCCAUUAUCUUCAAUAUUCUUCAGUGUUUCUUCAUCCCCAAAAAUUUCCACCAAAUCCAGCUUCAAGUUGAAAGAAAUUCGCAACCAAUCUCCUAUCAGAUAUGAACUCCUCAGGGAUGUGUGGAUUAACAGUGACUAA